AUGGGAUUUGAGGUUACAAUUUUAGAAAAAAAUGGCAAAAUUUUUGACGAAAUUUCAGGUAGUUUUGGUAUCCGAAAUCACGUAGGAUUACAUUAUCCCCGUUCUGAAUCCACUCAAAAGGCUUGCUUAGAAGGGUUGAUUUAUUUACAUGAGACAUAUCCUGAUUUAAUAGUAUCUCAUGAAUAUUCUAUCUACGGAGUUGGCACUUAUGACUCUCAUGGCAAGCCUUCAAAAGUCUCACCGAAAGAAUUUAAACAAGUUUUUGAAAAAUUAAAAUGUUGGCUAAAAAAUAAUGGACAUGAGGAAUUUCUAGAAAAGUGGAAUGAAAUUGAUCCUCAAGAAUAUGGUUAUGAAAAUUUACUUUACGCUGUUGAUGUCUAUGAACCCAGUAUGGCAGUAGGUGAAUUAUUAAGAGAAAAAUUUCAUGCUUGGUUAACAGAAGCCGGUGUAAAUAUUCUUUGUAAUAAUAAAGUUAUUAAAGUAGAAAAAUGUGAUCAAAACAUUAAAGUUACCAUCUCCAAUGGUGAAAUUCAAAUCGCUGAUCAUGUAAUUAAUGCAACUGGUUUUCAAUCUUUACAACCAAGAGAUCCUCUCCCUGCAAACAUGGAGAUAUUUUACCAGCCAUGUUUAGCUUUAAUUUAUCAAGAUAAACAACCUACUUCUGAUAAACCGAUUUCAUUUAUUACCAUGGAUGGCUCCUUUCCCUGUUUAAUGCCCAUCUAUGAUAAGAAAGAAUUUUCACAUGAAUAUGUUCUAACACACGCUCAAUGGACUCUUAUGGGUUCUUACCCUACACUCACCGAAGCCAACAAGUAUCUAAAGACUAUUGAUGAACAAUUUAUAAAUAACGUAGUAAGGCCACAUUGUGAAGAUGAAAUGAAAAGAUUCUACCCCGAAUUUCUAAAACGCUUUAAGUAUUCUGGAUGCAGAGCUGGUAAGACUGUAGUGGUACUACCCAAAUUACGAACCGAAAAAGAAUUUCGAAAUGCCGUUACUUUUCAAGAUAAAAAAUCAGGAAUGAUUUUUGUAUUUCCUGGCAAAAUUAACAAUCUUAAACAUGUAACCGAUGAAACACUGGCUUUAAUGGGGGUUACUAACGACAACCAAGAAAAUAUUAUUAGUUAUGGGAGCUACCGAUUUGUCCAAGAUGGUAUACUUAAUAAUUGUCAGUUGGAAAUAAGACAGAAACCGAAGAAAAAUGACAAGCGCAAUACUGCAAAUGUACAAACUUAUCAACUUUCAAAAGUGAAAGCUGAAAAUACAAUUCUUCCUCCAACUUCACCCAACUUUCAAUCAAUU